AUGCAUGCUCGUUGGAUCGCAUAUCUGCAUCAUUUCACCUUUGUUUUAAAGUAUAAAUUCGGGCAGCAAAAUAAGGUUGCAGAUGCACUCAGUAGGAGAGCUGGAUUGUUGGUAACUUUGAAGGCUGAAGUGAUUGGGUUUGAGUACCUUAAGGAGUUGUAUGCAGAGCAUAAAGAUUUUAAGAAGAUAGCGCACUUUAUUCGGUGCAAGAAGGCUGCAGAUGCGAGCAACAUUGCGAAUCUUUUCUUUCGGGAGAUAGUUCGCCUUCAUGGAGUGCUGAAGUCCAUUACAUCUGCUCAAGAUUCUAAGUUCUUAUCUCACUUUUGGAGAACUUUGUGA